CCAGCUCGGUCGGUACGCACACCACACAGCAGACGACAUUCUAAAUGGAUUAGACAUGCAGCUGCAAACUGUUUUGAUAUUUGUUUCUCACUGAGAAUUCGUAAAUGAUAUACAUGUACCGAAAUCAGAGAGCAGGCCACCGUAACAUUCAUUUUUGCAUCCGACUAAAGGCUGUUAGGAUUAUUUACUUUGAAUAAGUUAUAUGUCGUUUGGGCACAUUGGGGUUGCCAUCUGUGGAGGUGUCGUCUGAAAUAAGCUGAAGAUCCUUGAGUUUGGCUUAAAGAGGAGGGAUGACAAGGUUCCUUGCCGCACUUCAACCCAGAUAAUGACUGAAACAGGCCUAACCAGUGGAGUGACAAAUGAUUCUGAAGCUACGGUGAUACAGGGUAUAUUUCUGGACUUGUGUCCACGGAAUCCGGGUGAAAAUGAUUCUUUAUGGAUAUAUAAUACUACGGAUUACUCAAAUUUAAAAUGUUCAAGGAAUGGAUCUUCGGAUUUUGGGCCAGAAAGACACCGGCCAUGGGGAGUUGCUGUUGAUGUUGUUUUAGGAAUUUGUCUGUUUCUACUGAGCAUUUUAACAUUCACCGGAAAUGCAAUGGUGCUACAUGCAGUACGGACCGAAAGGAGACUUCAAACGGUCAGCAACAUGUUCAUUGUCAGCCUCGCUGUGGCAGAUCUCGUUGUCGGGUUAAUCGUCAUGCCCAUCAGCGCCCUUUAUAUUUUCACCGAGAGUUGGCCAUUCGGGAAGGUGAUAUGCGACAUGUGGAUAGGAAUAGAUUAUACUGCCAGUACGGCGUCCAUUUUGAAUUUGUUCAUUUUGAGUUUAGAUAGGUAUUGGUCAGUGACGUCUCCGCUAAAAUACAUACGCAAAAGAACGAAAAAGCGCGCCAUUAUCAUGAUAGGAAUAGUAUGGUUUGUGAGUGCUUUAUGGAUUAUUCCGAUUGUCGGAUGGCAUCAUUUUUCAACGGCUGGCGUUCGGACGGUACCGCCUGAUGUUUGCGACACGGAGUACGCAACGGAUACUGUCUUCAAAGUUUCCACUGCAAUGGUUAAUUUUUACAUUCCUUUAGCUAUCAUGUAUGGUUUGUAUGGUAAAGUCUUUCACGAGAUCAGAAAACGUUCCGAGUUUGAGUUGGGUCGAAAGUGUGGCGGGGGAGGUGCGUAUUUUGCUAGCUAUCAGACCACGUUUGAAGAGAGUGGUGAGCGGAACGAUACAUUCGCGGAUAUUACUCCGCCUUCGCCGGAAGAAGGUGACUUGAUGUUAGAAAAACCACCUGAUGACACGGAGACUUCGGAAGAAGAGCCCAAUAAAUUCAAUUCAAAAUACGAUUAUAGCAAUCUAAAGCUCAUACGAGAAACUGCUAAUAGUUUACGAGGAAGCCAAAGCCCCAGGACAGGGCGGCAGCAGAUUCGAUUGAAUGUAGAGUACGCGUACGAUGAGUGUGUGACAGAUGACACCACAGAGCAGGUCCAGCCUUACCUGCACGAAGAACAUAGCAUGACUGUCCUCGGGGUUCACAAUGGAGAUACGGAUAAAAACGGGAAGUGCGAAACGACCUUCAUCAAUCUGAGCUCAAGUCCUAUCAACGGACGAAAAAUUGAGGAUCAUUUACAGAAUAAGUUUUCAAAUAUGACAAAGCCUUUACGUAGCCGAAGUCCAUCUCCUAAGUCUAUAUCAUGUCAAUCAUCCUUUCGAAAUAUAAGCGAAUCACCAAAAGAGAGACAAAUAUUUGACCAGGAGAUGCCUGUGACAUUUUCGCCUGUUUUGUGUGGCCGUGGAAGUCAGAACUCUUCUCCAAAACUACCUCUUCAUAAUACGCUUAGCUUAGAUGACGCGUGUACAAUCUCACAAAACGACCCUCUAGCCGCUGAUAGAAUCAUUGUAAACUCAAAUUCCACUCCACAUCUCAAAAGUAGUUUAAGAAAAGCCAAUUCGUCGCCUCCGCACAAGAAAGUAGUUCUAGAUAUGCCUGAAGAAAGUCUGACUCGUGGAAAAGUUCAAAGAGAGAAUAGUAAGAAUAGUGCGCGGACUCCGUGCCUUUCUCAAUUGAAUCCCUUCGCAAGCGAGAGGGGCGUACGCUCAAUAUUAUCCACCGUGACUAAGAAUAACCAAAACUCGUCUCCUUCGCGGCGAGCCCUGAUCCAAUCUCGCUCGGGGAAUGGCCUAAGGAAAGUUGCCACCGCAAAUAAACAUGGCUCGCGGAGCAAGCGCCGAAAGCCCAGCCUGUCCUUAACGAAGGAAAUAAAAGCAGCACGGCAACUCGGGGUAAUCAUGGGUGCGUUCACGUUAUGUUUCCUUCCAUAUUUCGUCCUUUUUAUGGUCGUAUCAUUCUGCGAGGGGUGUAUAGAUGUGGGAACCAUCACAGCAGUCACCUGGGUGGGUUACAUCAAUUCCACUCUUAAUCCGUUUCUUUAUCCUCUCUGCAAUGCUGGUUUCAGAAGAAAGUUCCGGAAAAUGUUUCGAAUGAAAACUCACUUUCGACGGGCCAGCUACAUGUAUGACCCAAGAUACGACUGAAUACGUACGGGUAUCGCGUUCAUGUCAAUCGUUUUAAUAAAGAAGACAGGUGAACUUAAUGUUGCAUCGUGCUCCAUUGCCCAAGAAUAGUUGGUGAGAUCCCAAGAGAAA